AUGCACCGGUCAUCUUGGCGACAUCGUUUUGCUCAAGUUGGGGUACCCUGCCAUCGGCUGGGCCAAUGUGGGUCAACAACCGUCGGCACUUGCCGACUCGACGGGAUAUCCGAAAACAAACAUGGCCCAGCACUUUCUAGCACCACAUGGCCCGGCACCAACAGCUUCCAGACAAUUAGUGUCUCGGUCAGGGCGGACCAAAAUGCGGAUUGUUCACAGAAGCUGCGCAACUCGUUUGAUAGGCACCAAGUACACCUGUGGCCUGGAGCAAUAAGACUGAUUCCUUCGGUCCUGGACCCAAUGACUUCUUCGACGCUAUUUACCAUAUGCAUGCUCAUCCUCCAGACCACCGCGAAGCCCGUCUUCAACUAUGCUGGUUUCACCGUCGAUGGCAUCAGCAAAGAUAUUCUGCAGCUCAUUGAGGCGUUUUGA